UGCCCAGGGGGCGUGGCGCGCCCGCUCGUGCCCUCCGCAGUCUUCGCCCAGCUCGCUCUCAGUCAACAUGUCGGCCGCAGCUCAACAAAACAACAACGAAGCGCCCGGGCUGAACGGAGUCCUGCCCCUCAGCAGCUCUGUCCCUCUCGGUGUCGCAGGGUCCUGGGUGGAGCUGGAGAUGAACGGGAAUGCUGCAGGGAACACGGAGAACUUGAACUUGAACUUGAACAUGAACUUGAACUUGAACGAGGGAGAGGGAGAGGGGGAGCGCAAUGGGGGUCUGGAGCACGUGCCCUCCUCCUCAUCCAUUCACAACGGAGACAUGGAGAAGAUCCUGCUGGACGCACAGCACGAGAGCAGCCAGAGCAGCAGCUCCUGUGACAGCCCUCCCCGCCCACACACACCCCUGGACGAGGGACAGAUCACCUUCGAUGUGGAUCUGCACACGAGCCGAGACUCCUGCAGCUCACAGUCGGAAGAGGACAGCGUGGACAGGGAGAAGGAGGAAGACAUUCUGAUGAUGAAGAGCGCUGACUGGGUAGCGGACUGGUCCAGCCGACCAGAAAACAUUCCCCCAAAGGAGUUCCAUUUCCGCCACCCCAGGCGCUCGGUGACUCUGAGCAUGAGGAAGACGGGGGUGAUGAAGAAGGGGGGCGUCUUCUCAACCGAGUUCCUCAAGGUGUUCAUCCCCUCUCUGCUGCUCUCACACAUCCUGGCUCUGGGGCUGGGCGUGUACAUCGGGAAGAGACUGACAACCCCCUCAACCAGCUCCUUCUGAGCAGGGAGUGAAGAGCCUGGGUCCCGGCGAGCUGUGCUUCUGUCGCAGUCCGUUCCAUGGACACCUCUCUCUCUCUCUCUCUAUCUCUAUCUCUCUCCUCUCUUUCUCUCUCCUCUCGUUCUCCUUGUAUUUUGUUAUAGUGGAUUUUUUUUUUUUUGCACUCUGUAAUUUGGUGACCGUUUGUUUUGGGCGCCACCUGCUCUUAAAAUCUUUCGAUUCAGUUUCUGAGAUCCUGGAUGGCUGGGCUGGCUGGCUGGCAUGCGCCGUUUAUUGUUUUAAGUUUGAAAGAGAUACAGAUGAAGACGCAGAGCUAAGUCGUGUUUAAAAUGACCCUGAUCACAAUUGUAAAAAUGCUGCAAUCCAAGUUGUUGUAGGUACUAGGAAUUAAAAGGGGGUCCCCUCUAGACAGACCCCUGUCACAGCGACUUACUGACAGUCGAAGAAGGCAGCGUGGCAGAAAUCGCAAUCAGUAUCUCUCUAGCCCUGGCCCGAUUCUAUCAUCGUCCCCCAGCCGGGCUCUACGGUACAGAAGCCUGUUUCAGUGUGAACGCAUGCACUGUGAUUUCUUUCAAAGGUCACGUUGAGUACUGUUCAGGACAGGGAGCCCUAAUCUCAAGGGCAAGCAGUUGAAGUUGAAGUUUGGGGUGGGGCGUGAGGUCGUGGAUUAUAGGUUAUCUGGGCAGGCUGACCUGCCCUCACUAGGGGUAGGAGAUUUUAUAAGGGGCAGAUUUGCAAGCCUUAACAGUAAAGCUCACAGUAUACUUUGUAAUCGCUUAUGCUUAGAUUUUUAAAACAAAUUAAAAAGAAAAGAAUUUUUCCUUCAAAUAUUUUGCAAGAAACACUUUCAAUGCCACUAAUAGAACGCUGUUUGAUGCUUUACAAUUUGCUGGAAGCUGAUGAUCUCUUUAAGAAACAUGAAGGUUUAUUGAGGGCAUGGGCAGAGCUGUGUCUACACUCAGACACCACCGUCAAGAGAGUGGGGGUGGGGGCAGAUCUUUUAUCAGAUGGGGCUGUAGUUCCAGGGGGGGGCAAUUUUGGGUUGUCUUGCAUUAUUAUUCUUCAGGCUUUACAAUCGCCAGACCGUAGUGUUUCACUCAGAGAUUCGUUACACCUUUCAAGGAAGGCGUGUGGGAUCCAGCCAUGGCUCUCUCUGUGUCUCCUGACUCCACAGUGUCCACUUUCUGAGUGCCGCUGUUGUGCGAAAGGAACCACUUCUAGACUUUCUGCUAUUGGCAAGGCAGAACAACCCUGACAUUGCUGCAUUUAUCUGUCCUGGUCUCUCCUGAUUGGCUGAGAAGAGAACGACACGGCUCAUUUAAUAUUCUCUAUUGAAGGGGCGGGCUCAAAUGUUUGGAUGGAAAUGAAAGUCUAAUAAUAGAUUCUCCACAAUGUUCUGAAGCUGCUUUGAAGCUGCCUCAUACAAUUAGGAAGGAACACCUGCUCUGGACAGAGAAAUAGCUGAAGAAGGGCUUAGUGUCUGGGUUUUUGAACAGAAUACUCUGAAGGAAUUGACAAACCAAAUUAGCCUGGCUGUUGAAUCCAAAUAGAAACUUAAAAAAAAAAAAAAACUGCUUUGUUUGAAUCUGUCACUCCCUGUUACCUUUUUUUGGUAUUCUUUAAAAAGCUGCUGUUGAGGAAAGCCACAGCAGCGCAGUGAAAAUGUUAAUCUUCCUAGUGUUACAGGAGAGGACAGUCGUACAGUUCCGUCGCUGGCCAGACUGGUAUAGAUUCAUGUCUGGUGGGCACGGGCAGUACUGUAGCAUUUAAUCUCAAUGACCCUCUCUGCAGUUCAGUGUCGGCCGUCAUCAGUGGGUGUUCCUGUUGGUUCAAAUUGAACUGCAGUCUAGAUGGGGGUAUUUAAUAUAUCUAUAGAGAGAAAAAAGGUUUUAUUGUGCUUCUGGAAUUUUUUUGUGACACGUUUGCUUGAAUGACGAGGGCAGUUCAUUUUUAAAUUUGUGUUAUUUUUAUUUCAAAGUGUUUUGUAAAUACAUUUUGAAUUUUCCGGAGCCCAGGGCUGUGCUGCACAGACUAGCUGUGAGGGGCUGGUGGGUAACCAGCACAGCUGACCUGACAGGCGAACGCAGUCUGACUCCAGGGGCUCAUGCCCCAGUGAAACGCAGUCAGGACAGCCACCACGUGCCCUAAACGUUUCGGGUAACGCCUUUGUCGGCUGCUGUGUGUGUGGUUUUUUUUCACAUUAGGAUGGGGUUCCCGUUGUGCUGUUGCUCUUGUUCUACUGUUGCCUCACGUUAUGCCCCAGACUCAUGUGCAUCCUGCGCACACAGGAGGGCAAGCUGUGAAUUAUCAUAGGUAGCAAAGUGCCUCGCGUCUAUGAUAACAAACAGCAACAGUCGAACCCUCGACUCUGGUAAAGGCGUUAGCCAAACGACUGGAACAAAGAUAGACAGGGCAGGUAGAACAGGCUCCAGUAACCUGCUGGCUACACCCCUCCCUCCCUUUCUCCCUCACUCCCUCUGAGGCUCUUCCUGGCUGCUGUGCCCGCUCUCAAUGCAGCUCAGCUCUGUUACUCACCAUUCAAUCUUUUAUCAACCGUGUUGAAAGCAUUGGAGUUUACUGAGCCAAAGCGGUUGAUCCGACUCUUUUGUUACGUUUUGUGUUCGCACUUUGUAGCAUCGUAUAUAAUUAUUAACAAGAAAAAAAAAAUAACGUGGACGUAUCUCCUGUUGUGCCAUUAAAAAAAACUCUCUGAAA